AUGCCAAUGCCAGUUCUAUCAACAUCAUCACACCAGGGCUCAAUCAAGCAUGGCCACUCGCUAUCGUCCGCAACAACAAUCUCAUAUCCUCACCCGUCGAUCCACCCCCCUCUCAGACUCUUGACAACGGCCACCUGCAUCGCGGCCUGUACCUCCUUAAUCUCGGCACAGUCCCCACCGCACUCGCCCACCUUUGCACCCUUUGCCGUCCCUGAAUCAAGCAGCAGUAGCAGCAGGGCCAACUCUAUCCUCGACGGCAUCCAAAACGCAUUAGGAGGUGCCCUGACCGCCUCCUCGCCCCCCAACUCGACUGCCUCUAUCCGCACCUCUUCCUCCUAUUCUGCCGCCAAAGAGUCCCUCGCCGAUUUCUCCAUUGCCGCCUCUUCCAAGCGCUCCCAAUCCGUCCCUACUUCCAGCCAAAACGACAGGAGUCUGGAGUCGAGUGGCGGUGUGAUCCGGUCAAGGAGCAAUUAUGUCAGUUUCCCCAAUUUCGACGAGGUCGACUUUGUCGAUGUGGCUAUGGUCGAAGACAAGGAGGAGGAUGACGAGGACGAGGACGAUCACCCUGGCUGGGCUGGGCCCGAUUCGCCCCCAGAGGGUCAGCGUGCUUUGGACGAGAAGACGAUGCGGUCGGCCUUGUCUGCCAUGGACGGACGAACGGAUCCCCGGAUAGUUCGCGGCAUGCCCACGAGCCCAAGCCAGCAUUGGCUUUUGCAAUUGGAGACCUAUCAAGCCCUCCAAGUCAACGGAGUUUAG